AUGCCGCAAUCAUCUCCUCCCCAUAUCAGCCUGCCAGAGCGCCAUUGCUAUGAUGGGUCGGGCCCUUUCAGUCCGCAAGAAGAUCUUGGCUCAAGUGCUUCAGACGAAUACAACCAUGCUCUUGAGGUAGUCUUCCAGCAGCAAAACGACCACCGCCGCAAAUCGUCCCUUGUGAGCUCUGAGAACCCUGCGCACAUAUUCCAAAGACGGCAGAAUAUCGAGUGUUUCGUGCAUGGCCUGCUCGAAAGCCAAAGAAAGGAUGGUGGCUCCUCCAGUGGCGCUCUGGAUGGCAUCGCAGAUACUCUGGCAACGAAGAGGAUAGGGAGUGCUGUGGAGGGAAUUGACACCCAUGACGAGUCCCUUGUGGAGCGCAAGUGUGGUAGUUCUGGCGAAUAUGAGAAUGUCUCGGGCCAGGAGGAUGAGCUUUCUUGGAAGAAAAGAAUCGAGGCCAAUCAUUUGCACGGGGACCAUGUCGAGGUACAAUCGGGCGAGGAUCCAAAUGCAAUGCACAGCCGGCUUCUUACCAAGAAGCAAUUAUCCGAUAUGGCCUGGGGAGUGAGGGAACUGUCCAAACGGCUUGGAAGCAUCAGAUUAAAGCUCAAGGUCCGGACGGUAUUCCUUCUCACUAAGGCGCAUGACGAGACUCUGAUCGGAAAUACAAGAGAAGUGGUCAACUGGCUGCUGAGUCCAGACAGAGAAGUCCGUUACAUUGUUUGGGUAGAGAACAAUCUACGAGAUAACAAGAAGUUCAACGCCAAAGGCAUAAUAGAGGAAAUGCAGAAGAAUUAUGCGUCUCUAAAAGAGGACCAGGCAAAUGUCGAGAAACGACUGCGAUACUGGUCGAAUGACAUGUGUAGGACACGGCCACACACAUUUGACUUCGUAGUCACUCUAGGCGGAGAUGGUACCGUGCUCUACGCGAGUUGGCUCUUCCAACGAAUUGUCCCACCGGUCUUGAGCUUUGCUUUGGGCAGUGUGGGCUUCCUGACGAAGUUCGACUACGAUGAGUUCCCCGAAACUUUAAAGAGAGCUUUCAGGGACGGCGUCACCAUCAGUUUAAGGCUACGUUUUGAAGGAACCGUGAUGAGGAGCCAAAAGCGGCGGCGAACGGCGAUUGAGAAUAGCCAAAGAACGGGAGGCGAGCCGGAAGACGAUGAUUCGAAUGAGACUCGAGAUCUGGUAGAAGAAUUGGUUGGAAAAGAAAGAGAGGACGAUAGAACACAUCGACCUGAUGGUACGUACGAAAUCUUGAAUGAUAUCGUAGUUGACCGUGGCCCAAAUCCAACAAUGUCGUCCACCGAGAUCUUCGGAGACGAUGAGCACUUCACAUCAGUGCAAGCAGAUGGUGUCUGCGUCGCCACCCCAACCGGCUCUACAGCCUACAAUCUCGCUGCUGGCGGCUCUCUUUGCCACCCCGAAAAUCCAGUCAUCUUGGUAACGGCAAUCUGCGCCCACACUCUUUCAUUCCGACCCAUUAUUCUCCCCGACACCAUCGUGCUACGAAUUGGAGUCCCUUACGAUGCCCGGGCCAGCAGCUGGGCGAGUUUCGAUGGCCGGGAGAGAGUGGAGUUGAGGCCGGGAGACUAUGUGACUAUUAGUGCUAGUCGGUAUCCGUUCGCCACUGUCAUGCAGCAGGGACGAAGAUCCGAAGACUGGGUGAAAAGUAUUAGUGGGAAGUUGGGCUGGAACACGAGGCAGAGACAGAAGAGCUAUAAGGAGUGGUCACCAUAG